GUUUAGUUGAUAGGUCAAUUAAUCAUUGCAUCCUCAACUCUGAUAAAAACGCAACGUUUUUGAUAUUCGAUUAUAUUUUCGUGGAAAAAAAGAAAGUCCUUCGCUGAGAAGCAAACAUCUUUGUAAUCUUCUUCGUUUAUUCGCCGUGCACCGACGAUUUGCGAUAGAUCUGUACUGAUUAUUCGUGACACGUGAUUGAUUAUGUCGAUGCUCGAUUCCUUCUUCAAUAAAGGUUUCAAAGCUGCAAAAUGCAAAACGUUGCUGAAGUUAACGAUCCCUCGGAUAAAGCUAAUCCGGAACCGAAGAGAAGCACAGAUUAAGCAAAUGCGCCGUGAAAUCGCUAAGCUUCUCGAGACUGGUCAAGAAGCCACUGCUCGUAUUCGUGUUGAGCAUAUUAUAAGGGAAGAGAAGAUGAUGGCUGCUCAAGAGAUCAUAGAACUCUUCUGUGAGCUCAUUGCUGUUCGCCUCCCAAUUAUUGAGGCUCAAAGGGAAUGUCCUCUGGAUCUGAAAGAAGCAAUCUCAAGUGUAUGUUUUGCUGCGCCAAGGUGCUCUGAUCUGACAGAGCUGCAGCAGGUUCAGCUACUGUUUGUUUCCAAGUACGGCAAGGAGUUCGUUGCUGCUGCAUCUGAGCUCAAGCCUGAUUCUGGUGUCAAUCGUAAGUUGGUGGAGUUGCUGUCUGUGCGUGCACCUUCCCCAGAAACUAAGCUGAAACUUCUCAAGGAAAUUGCACAAGAACAUCAACUUGAUUGGGACCCUGCUUCUACUGAAACUGAUCUCUUCAAAUCGCAUGAGGAUCUCCUUGAUGGACCAAAGCAAUUUGGUGGAGGCUCUAAGGUGCCAUUAAAGGAGGAACAAGAUAAAGGGUCACAUUUGACAAUGCUAUCUCUUUCACGUCCAGAGGAACAAAGACAAUCUGAUUCUGAUUCAGAGUAUGAAGAAUUAGACUUUCCCGAGGUUCCAAAUGUCUUGCUGCGGCCCACUCCUGCCGCCACUUAUAAACACACCUCUCUCGACUUGCCCUUUGAUUCAGAGAGUCCAGGACAGGAUAAUCUGCCUUCCAAAAGAGAUGAACACACUGCAAAAGCAAGCAGCACUGUCUUGGAAGGCCAGACGGAAUCUGAUCCCGUGAAACAGAACUGUUAUUCUCCACCACCUGUUGGUACAGUAGGAUCCUUCUCUACAAACGAGAGUGAUGCUCCAAAGAAAAUAUCGGAUUUGGACUUGCAGGAUGUCCUAACGGCUGCUCAAGCUGCUGCUGAUUCAGCCGAACGUGCGGCAGCAGCUGCCCGUUCAGCUGCAAGUCUUGCACAGCUGAGAAUCAAUGAGCUCACGAAGAAGACGCCUGAACAGUCGUCUCCUGAGAGCCCGACUGAGAACCCUUUCUAUUCAAGCCCACCACAACAGACAAUGGAAAAGGCGCAAUUUGAUCAUCAGAAUUCUUCGGCCAGCAGCUACGGAGAUCACACUGAGUUCCAAAAGGAAGAGUCUUCAUCACUUUUUAGCCACCAAACAGAGAGACUCCCCUCAAUGGAAAAACCACAAUUUGAUCACCAAAACUCAUCAGCCAGCAGCUAUGGAGAUCUUACUGAUUUCCAACUUGGUGACUAUUCAUCACCUUUUAACCAGCAACAAGCAGGGAGACUCCCUUCAUUUGAAAAAACUCGUUUUGAUCAUCAGAAUUCAUCAGUCAGCAGCUAUGGCGAUAUUACAGAGCUCCAGAGACCCGAGAACUCGUCAUUUGACAGACUCACCCCUGACCAGGACCACCAGCAAAUGAGACUACCUUCGAGGGAAGAUGAUCCAUAUUACUCAUACCCUAAUCUGUUCACAUCGCAGAAUCUUGACCGCUCACCCGGCUCUCGUUCAUUUUCGGACACUUCAAAACCUGCCCAUGAUUCUUGACUCUAGCCUGCGAAUGCUUGGUGUUUAUUAUGCUGUUCCUUAUCUUGUGGAACAAAGACCUAAAAACGCUUCUUUUUUUUGUUUCUUUGGACAACAACUAAAAACGCUUUUCAAACGCUACUUUUCCUUCCUCUUUUCUUUUUGUUUGUGUGGAGAAUUUGUAUUAUGUAUAGAAACUUGGUGUUUAUUGAUGACGUUUAAAUAAAGGCCUUUGUUUGCUCAAGAAA